AUGUUUGUCGGAAUAUGUGGCAGCAUCUGCUCGGGCAAGCAGACCGUGGCCCAGUAUCUUGUUGAGCAUCACGGAUUCAAGCGCCUCUAUCUGCAAGCCCCUGCAUCUGUUUCACACGAGGACCCUUCAUCCAUCGAAGACGCCACUGUGACCUGGACCUUAAACGGCGCUGUGUCCAAGAGCAAUGAGACAUCCUCUUCCCACUUCUUCACCACAGCCGAGGAGUUAUUGGACUUUGUGACUCGGCAAUGGCGCAGCCGCUUUGUAACCACUGACGUCCCCACGGAGCAGGUGCUCGACGUCUUCAUUCGGCGGCCUUUCUUUCUGCUCAUCUCAAUCGACGCUCCGCUCACUCUGCGUUGGCGUCGGUUCCAGCAGCGCUCCAACGAGCCGGAGCAGUCCACUAUUAGCCUCGAGGACUUUGUCUCGCAAAACGACCGGCAUCUAUACGAUGCAGCCUCGGGUCUGCAGCCGCUCAUUUCGCGGGCCACCGUCAGGUUGCUCAACACCUCAUCAUCACUGGCCCAUCUCUAUGCCACUCUCGGAAAGCUCGACAUCCCUAACCCCGACCGUAUGCGGCCAGGCUGGGACACGUACUUCAUGGCGCUGGCAUCUCUGGCGGCACACAGGUCCAACUGCAUGAAACGCCGCGUCGGCUGCGUCCUCGUAGGGCGAGAACGACGAGUCAUCAGCACAGGAUACAACGGUACGCCCCGUGGCCUGCGAAACUGCGCUGAUGGCGGCUGCCCCCGAUGUAACGAGGCAAACGGCUCUGGAGUCGGGCUGUCUACCUGUCUUUGCAUACACGCAGAAGAGAAUGCACUUCUGGAGGCGGGCAGGGAGCGCAUCCGGGAGGGCUCCGUGCUGUACUGCGAUACGUGCCCGUGUUUGACGUGUAGCAUCAAGAUUUGCCAGGUUGGCAUCACUGAGGUGGUGUAUGCCCAUGGUUACAGCAUGGAUACUGAGACAGCAGAGGUCUUUAGACAAGCUGGCGUCAAGCUACGACAGUUCAUUCCGCCUCCGAAUGGUUUGAUACAUCUAGAGAAGAUGGAACUGUAUUCAUAG